CGCCGGUUGACGCGAAUGACGCGGCGCCAGUCAGGCCGCAGCCCCGCCGCUUGGCCGUCGGGCCCGCCUCGGCCGGCUCGGCCCGCCCCCGGCCCUCCCCGCGCGGCCUCCCGUGCGCCCCUGUCAGACUGUGGCGGCCGGUCGCGCGGUGCGCUCUCCCUCCCUGCCCGCAGCCUGGAGAGACGCUUGGCGCGGCACACACCCGCGUUCCUGCCGGCGCCGCGCCUGCCCUCUGCCGCGCUCCGCCCUGCCGCCGACCGCACGCCCGCCGCGGGACAUGGCACACGCACCGGCACGCUGCCCCAGCGCCCGGGGCUCCGGGGACGGCGAGAUGGGCAAGCCCAGGAACGUGGCGCUCAUCACCGGCAUCACGGGCCAGGAUGGUUCCUACCUGGCUGAGUUCCUGCUGGAGAAAGGCUACGAGGUCCAUGGAAUUGUACGGCGGUCCAGUUCAUUUAAUACGGGUCGAAUUGAGCAUCUGUAUAAGAAUCCCCAGGCUCACAUUGAAGGAAACAUGAAGUUGCACUAUGGCGAUCUUACUGACAGUACCUGCCUUGUGAAGAUCAUUAAUGAAGUAAAGCCCACGGAGAUCUACAACCUUGGAGCCCAGAGCCACGUCAAAAUUUCCUUUGACCUUGCUGAGUACACUGCGGAUGUUGAUGGAGUUGGCACUCUACGACUUCUAGAUGCAGUUAAGACUUGUGGCCUUAUCAACUCUGUGAAGUUCUACCAAGCCUCAACAAGUGAACUUUAUGGGAAAGUGCAGGAAAUACCCCAGAAGGAGACCACCCCUUUCUAUCCCCGGUCACCCUAUGGGGCAGCAAAACUCUAUGCCUAUUGGAUUGUGGUGAACUUCCGUGAGGCGUAUAAUCUCUUUGCAGUGAAUGGCAUUCUUUUCAAUCAUGAGAGUCCCAGAAGAGGAGCUAAUUUCGUUACUCGAAAAAUUAGCCGGUCAGUAGCUAAGAUUUACCUUGGACAACUGGAAUGUUUCAGUUUGGGAAAUCUGGAUGCCAAACGAGAUUGGGGCCAUGCCAAGGACUAUGUGGAGGCUAUGUGGUUGAUGUUGCAGAAUGAUGAGCCGGAGGACUUCGUCAUAGCUACUGGGGAGGUCCAUAGUGUCCGGGAAUUUGUCGAGAAAUCAUUCAUGCACAUUGGAAAAACCAUUGUGUGGGAAGGAAAGAAUGAAAAUGAAGUGGGCAGAUGUAAAGAGACCGGCAAAGUUCACGUGACUGUGGAUCUCAAGUACUACCGGCCAACUGAAGUGGUAGCAGUGCUCAAAGGAAUGCCAGCAAGGCCCAGAAGGACCCCGGCAGUCACUGGCCUUUCUUUCCUGUGCCCUUGGAGUUCUUCGAAUAGACUAUGAGAUUUUAAUUUAAAAGGAAUAUUCUACCAGUAGUUUAUAAUAGGCAUGGUUUGAGGAAAACCCAAACCUGCUUUUCCCAAGAUCUAAACCAUUUAAUCCACCAGUUAUCUGAUGUAGUGGGGUUCUCGCCCGGAUCCAUUCUUUGGAGCUGCACCAUCCUCGAUGGCGCAAUGACUGACUUAUCCCCGCGCAAUUCAGACUUGGACCCACCAUGUGGCAUGUUUGUCCUAGUUGCUGUUGCUGUAUUGACAACACCUUCAGAGGUGGUUUCGAAUGCAAGCCCCCUACCCGCCUUCCCUGCACUCCUCACCUGCCCUCCAGCUUCUCCAAACACGCUUCGCUGCCUGCUGGGAAUGCUGCCUUGCAAAGGAGUGACGUCUCAAGUGUCGGAAAAGUUACAGCCUUCGAG